GCUACGUCAUCAUACCGGAUGUUGAUACAGGCUGCUGCGGGAACAGCUGAGGCAGAAAACAACGGAUCAAGCUCGACUUGGCUGCUUUAACAGACAAAAGAGAGAAGGGGACAAGAAAGGAAGGAAAAACAAAGGAAAUAAGAUCGAGAAACUAAAUUGGCUAAUUCUACGCAGGAAAAUAACUAUUUUAAUGUGAAGUGAGGGCAUAGAAGCCCUAGACACAGAAGACAGACGGAGAGAGGUGAGAGACUCGAGUUGUGUGUCAACAAAUGGCUACGACGCUGCCACCAAUCCAACCAAGUUUUGCGGUCGGUCCCAGCUGACGCCGGCACCAUGGGGCGGAUUUUCCUGGACCACAUCGGAGGGACGCGCCUCUUCUCCUGCGCCAACUGCGACACCAUCCUCACCAACCGCUCGGAGCUCAUCUCCACCCGCUUCACCGGAGCCACAGGCCGCGCCUUCCUCUUCAACAAGGUGGUGAACCUGCAGUACAGCGAGGUGCAGGACCGCGUGAUGCUGACAGGCAGGCACAUGGUGCGUGAUGUCAGCUGUAAGAACUGCAACAGCAAGCUAGGCUGGAUCUACGAGUUCGCCACCGAGGACAGCCAGCGCUACAAGGAGGGCCGCGUCAUCCUGGAGAGGGCGCUGGUGAGGGAGAGCGAGGGCUUCGAGGAGCACGUCCCCUCCGAUAACUCCUGAGUCCGCUCGGCCUCGCCCCCAUGCCCGGCAGCCACAAGCACCGCCUCCCCCCUUCAGAGUCCAGAAAACUCAUCUUCCCACACUCCCCUGCUGCCCCUCGCAGUGUUGCUUCUCGCUCACAGCCCCAACUUCCUGUCACACCAGAAAGUCCAAUGGGUUAGCCUCCCAACCAGCUAAAACCUGGCCUAUCAUACCCACAAUGGCACUCAACACACAACUACACACAUACCAAGAUACACACAUAGCAUUACCUUUGUGCCCUUAUAAAUAUAUAUACAUUUACACCUGCACAUACAUACGUACAUACAUACAUACAUUUUAAGUAUAAAAAGAUAAGAUUUCGUGAUAUAAGGAGUUUAACUUUUCUAUGAUUAUGAAAUAUGAAAAUGUUGUGUGAUUAACCGUGAACUGGAAAAAGGUGUGCGUGUAUGUAUAUUCUCUUGCCUUUUUUUGACUGAUUGUUUAGUUAAAAGUUGACCUUAAUUUGAAAAUUUUGGGGGGGUGGGGAUUGGGUAGGGAGACAAAACUUGCUUUCAGAUAUUGUCUUGGCCCCAGAAGAAGUUCAAAUGAAGACAUUUAUUUUUCUCUACUGGUUUUGUAAUGGAUGCAUGCGAUGGUUAGACUGCUUAAUUUAUAACAGUUUCAGCACAAUUCUCAUUCAGGAAAGUUUGCUUCCUGCCCUGAUUCUUUCUCACCGGCACCCAUUGACAGAGGCACACGCUGGACAGGAACACACAGGAACGCUGUGCAUCGCACACAGGAAGUCAUGCAGUCGCACACUGGACAACUACACGCACACGGACGCACUCUACACAUACAGCAAUCUGCUCCCGUGCGCUUGUGUGCACACCCCCCACACUGGCUUGCAGAGACGGACUGUGUACGCAGCCUCAUCCAGACCAAGGGAAGAGUUUGGAGGCUUGAGACAUGUUGCCGUACACUGGACUGGAUCUCGUGGGGACUUGCGUAGUCUGGGUAGCAGAGUAGAGGGGACGUAUUUCAAAGUACUGGGAGGCUCGUGGGGGUUUGGUCAUUUAUAACACAAGGUUCUGCUCACACACAUGUAUUUCUCUGGGGUGCUUUAUGGGUUCUUUGUGUAUGCAGGCUUGGAAGGGUUGUCCUGAUCUGCUUUCACUGUUUGCUCUGUGAAUUUACGCACUGGGGUAACGGAAACACUGCUCUUCUCCUGUGGUUGAUGCUUAUAGCCGCUCUCAGUUCAGGCUGUACAAGGUGUCCAGCUUGCCAUAACGAAACUGUGAGGAAUCCGUGCUCCAUGCUCACUCAGCACACACUCCUUUACUCUCUACUGACAGGCCAUGCAAGGGGAUACUUUGGCUUCAUUAUAUGAAAUAAAAUAUUGGGUAAAUAGGACUGGGUCUGGUCCAGUCUGCAGUACACAUAGCUGUCAUACCGCUGUGCAGACUACAUUACCCAUAAUCACAUUGUCCAAACAUUUGUGCAGUUGGUAAAGUUAACAAAACCAUACUUGUAAUGUUACUAUGUUCUUAUAAUUGUUAGUGUGUUUAUUGUCCUUAAUAUUAUUACUGUCAUUCGUUUUUUCUUUAUUUUGGGUAAAAUUUAAACCAGGAAUGUUUUUCUUUUGCAGAGUGUUCUUCUGUAGUGGUGAUUUAUCAAUAAAAUUAAUCUUGCUUAGA